AAGUUAAACCGGGAAGCAGGAAAUGCACAAGCCUCUUUAUGUCGAAAGACAGCUGGGCUCCCUGGGAAACAGAGCGCCAUGGGAAACCGGCUCUGCUGUGCGGGAAGUUGGAGCAGCCCAUCAACUUUCAAGAACAAAAACAAAGCAGUAGACUUUAAGCUAAGACAGAGAAAACAGUCUACUCCUCGUCCAUCUAUACAGAACCCGGCACACAGCCUGGCAGGGAGCCAAGCAAGAUGCACACUGAAGAGACAGCAGCAACAGCCACGGCAGAAUAGCACAAAGGGCCAUAAAUUAACAGGACACAAGUAUGAGCAGGUGUUACAGAAGCCUGUAUCCCAGAAAAGGAGUCAAGACCUCACAUCGGAAGAGAACAAUUUACAUUACGCAGACAUUCAAGUGUUCAGCCGUACCCAGCCACGCUCUGCCAGUGAGGUGAAACACCUGCAGUUAGAAAACGCUACAGAAUACGCGACCCUUUACUUCCCCCAGCCCACACGAUGCUAUGACAGCAAGAAUGGGACUCUGGUGUGAGUCUUGGGGAGGACACACCAAUUUCCAUCAUCUUAACCACUUCUGUAUGGAGAAUCUACUGCUUUGGGGAAUUUGGUGGCACCCCAGGGAUGUCAAGCUUAAAGAACCCAAGGACACUUGGAAUUGCAGGUGUCCCCAUUCUGACUCCUAGCCCUCUUAUUUGCCACUGUUAUCUUGGGAGUUGUGGUUGGUUAGCUAUGUUGUGGAUGGAGUUCUACAAAACGAUCCUAGGUGAAACACACACACACACACACACACACACACACACACACACACACACACACACAAACGACCCUAGGUGGAUUGUGCUAAAAGGUAGGUCUCGGACCCCUAGCUUCUCAAGUGCAGACAGGUUGCCAUACUUGCACCUGAGCUGACAGUGUUAGGCUUUAUUUGAUGAUGUCCCUCUUACACACCUUAAACUCCAGUGCUGAAGAGGAAGUACUCUGGAAAAGCAUUCUGAACGUUUGCAACCAGCUUCUGGCUUGGGCAAUUUCUUCAGUGGCUGAGUCAAGGGUUCCAGACCUAAGUGGACAAAUGGAGGCAGGAACUGAGACAUGAAGGAACCCGUCUCCGACUACUGGCGACCAAUACUAACAGCCAAACAGCCCGAAACCCCCGCUGGCCAGAUUUUUAGCUCUUGCCUGCCCAGAGCUGCUAGAAUCAAUAAACGCCGAGAGGAGC